AUGGACGGCAUUGGACCAAGUAUUAAGCCUGGCUCUGACUCCUCUCAGACUCUGGAGGAUCGAGUCCUCUUCGGUAGCUCAGAUCUUUUCUUUUUCCGUGCUCUUGAGAGCUGGUGUGACAAAUGGGUCAGAAAAGGGGAAAUUUCAAACGAAGUAGUUAAUUGCAUAAUUAACAAGGAAGCAAAACCAGGAUUUGCCUUCGGAAAUGUCAAAACCCAUAAGGCAGGGAACCCACCUAGACUCAUCACGUCUUGCUGCGGUACCGCAAUAGAAAAUCUCUCGGGCUUCACUGAAUUUUACUUGCAACCAUUAGCUCGUAAAUUACCAGCGUACAUUAAAGACACCACCGAUCUGCUCAACAAGAUUGAGGAGUUUAAUCGGAAUAGCCCUUUUCCCGAAGGCACUCUAUUGGUUUCAUGGGAUGUUGUCUCAAUGUUUUCUAACAUUGAUAAUCAACUCGGUCUUACUGCAGUGAAGAGGGCACUGAAUGCCAGAGAAAAUAAGCUUUCAUCCACUAAUUGCAUUUUACAAGCGUAUAAAUUUUGUUUGAAGAGCAAUCAUUCGGUUUUCAGAGAAAACUUCUUUCUACAGGUUCAUGGCACAGCCAUGGGCCCUAAGAACGCUUGCAGUUAUGCAGAUCUUGCCAUGGGUGAAAUCGAUUUUCAGGCUAAGUUCUCUGGCCACAUAAAGCCGGCUUUGUAG